GUCACGACGACGGCCGACACACAUCCCAAGGUCGAGGUCCAACGGGAGCGACGUCGCGCCCCCUCCGUUAUCUAUUCACUUUGCAUUUCCCCCCUUUUGCCGGAACGGACUCCGCGGAGUGCCGCGAGUGCUCGGCUCGGAGUGCCAGCUUUCGCACGUUUCGCGCGCGCGCGCCGGGCUCCUCGCCGCGACGUGGGUCCCCCGUCCCCCAGGAUAUCAGGGCUGGUGCGACGUUCGCUCUUCCUCGUUUCCUCCGCCUGACCCCCGAUCAUCACGCGACAGUGUGCUCCAGAGCAGGUUCGGCUGCCCAACGAUGUCGUCCGUCGUCGCGCGGAACCGGUUCCUGUCGGCGCUCGGCGUCGCGCGGCGCCUCGCCGCCGCCGCCACCGGCCACGCGCACGUCACGCACAUGGGCGUGCGCCGCGGGUGGAAUGCAGCGUGCUGGAGAACAUUGGGCUGUAACACGCGUAUGGUUCAUACCGUGAUACAACCGACUACGUGGAAAACAAGCAAGGACGAAAGUCGAGAGAUGAUGGCUAUGUGGCCGGAUGUUGUUCGCGAUCUCACGGAUGCGACUAAGAGUUUGAAUAUGCCCGAUGUUACCAAAUGGAUGGCAAAAAUAUUACAGUACAACGUUCCGGGAGGCAAAAAGACUCGCGGUUUAGCGUUAGUCUAUGCAUAUAAGCUACUGGCACCAAGUGACCAACUUACCGAAGAAAACAUUCGCCGAGUUCGAAUUUUAGCAUGGUGUCUCGAACUGAUGCAAGCCUAUUUCAUCAUACUCGACGAUAUAGUAGAUAAAUCGUUAUUUCGUCGAGGCCAACCAUGCUGGUAUCGAUAUAAUGAUAUAAAUCUAGCGGCAGUCAACGAUGGUUUAAUACUAGAGAGCGCAAUAUAUUAUCUAAUUCGAAAGCACUUCAAAGGGAAUGACUACUACGUUAAUCUAUUAGAAACAUUCCAGGAUAUCGCGUUUAAGACAACAAUAGGCCAAUGUUUAGAUUUACUCUCUACCAAUUUCGGUAAGAAGCCCAAUCUGGAUCUGUUCACAAUGAAUCGAUAUAAUUCCAUUGUUAUGUACAAAUCGUCAUAUUAUACGUUUCUUUUGCCAAUAACCGCGGCAAUGCAGUUAGCUGGAAUAAAAGACUCAGAAAUGUUCAGGCAAGCAAAAACCAUCUUGUUAGAGAUGGGACAUUUAUACCAAGUUCAGGAUGACUAUUUGGAUACUUUUGGGGAUAGCAAGGUCAUUGGCAAAGAUAGUACUGAUAUCCAGGAAGGGAAAUGUUCAUGGCUGGUUGUCGUAGCUCUUCAACGUGCUACUCCGGAGCAGCGUAAGAUUUUAGAAGAUUGUUAUGGAUUUCCCGAUCCAGAGAAAGUAAACCGUGUAAAACAGCUUUACAUUGAUCUGGGUUUGCCGAACACUUACUCUACAUACGAAGAAGAGACAUAUAAUCUACUAAAUGUACAUAUACAGCAGAUAUCACGCGGACUUCCACAUAGGCUUUUCUUGAAUUUAUUAGGAAUGCUUUAUCGCAGAGUGUCAUAACGCAGUUGUGUAUAUUGAAGAAAGAAGCUAAUGUAUUAAUGCUUUAUGAAUUAAAUGUACUUUUGCAUUAUAAAGUACGAUAAAAGGAGAAAUAUUUUGCCAAGAGUACCGCGAAAUGUUGCGUCAGAGUGAAAAAUCAACAGAUCUUUUGUAAACUUUUAUGUACAGAAAAAAUAUUUCACUCCAAAAAAGUCAAUAAAAGUUUUCUAAAGCA